AUGGAGAAGAUGCGGCCACGUCCAUCCGAAAUUCUUGCUAAGCCAGCCGACAAGGAGCGCAUGAUGAAAGCAUCAGGUUUGAAGCCGCAUACACAUGAAAAGAGGCCACCAAAAGAACCACUGAACAAGCAGCCAUCUCUGAAUGAAAUUUUCCGACAACAAGCGCAGUUUUUUUCUGAGGUGCGUAAAAAGCAGUCAAUGAAAGCAAGAGGUGAUGUAGUUAGCCAGCAUAUGAAGCAACAGAAAGCACCGAGUGAGGAGAGCGGGAAAAUGGCAUCGACGAGUGAAAACAGAAAAGGUGCAGCUGAAGGCUCUAGAGAUCAGAAGCAUGCAAAGGAAAGUGAGAAAAAGGAGAAAUCGGAAAGCAGCAGUGUGGUGCGGAAAGAAAAGAAGCUUGGUAGUGAUGGCCACGAAACAAAGCCAAAAGUCGAUCUGCAAUACAGACAGCAGCAGCAACAGCAAAAAGAAAGGAAAGAAAAGAAAGAAGUGGUUAAUUUGUUUUUUUUUUUUUUUAUCAGUGUGAGAAAUUUGAUUUUGUUGUGUCAAAAAAAAAAACUUCGGGAUCGGGGGGACUAUCUUUUCGAUGACUCCUUUUGA